CUGCGUUUCAGCAACCGCAGCCGGGGAGCCUCGGAUCCGAAACGGCUGUGACCCGUGCGCUGAACCUUGGGUAUGGCUGUUGGUUGUUGGCAGGAGAAGCGGAAAAUCGUGCGGCUGCAAAAGAGACAUGUUCAUUCCACGCCGUCUGCUAGUUGCAGACGCGAUGCCCAGGUAGCGGUCAGUGCCAAUUAUAGCUCCACAAGCCCCAGUCCGAGCCUGCCUUGGUCGAAACCGUGAUUGUCUGUUUUGCGACUCGGAAGCGCGUCGUCACGGCGGCGACCCGACUGGGUAUUUUAUUUUAUAUAUUUUAUUCUAUAUCUACGGACCUGGAGUACCCUUAUCUCAAACACCAGGCGAGAACACCAUGGCACGGCGACGCGGCCUGGUGCGCCUCACCCUGGUGGCCGCCGUCUUCGUGUUGGCGCUGUACUGGUACGGCCCCCUCGGCAACUACCCGACGCGGCGCUUCCGCCUCCCGCUGCGCAAGGACGGCCCCGUCGAGUUCGUGCCGUCCAGCUACGACUGGGCCGCUUUUGAGCACCACCACCCACGCCCGGCGGCCGCCAUGGUGCGCCUCCCGGUGGCCGACGGGCAGCGGCCGAUGCCGCGGGUGCAGCACGACUUUGCGCGCGACGGCGGGCCCGAGGCCCUGCACGCGCAGAUGGCCGAGGCGCGGCUGACGGCGGUGCGGGCCGCCAUCAAGAAGAGCUGGGACAGCUACGCCAGGGAGGCCUGGGGCCUCGACGAGCUGCGCCCGCUCGACGGCGGCGGCCGCGACACGUUUGGCGGUUACGGCGCCACGCUGGUCGACUCGCUCGACACGCUCUGGAUCGCCGGCCUGCGCGCCGAGUUCGCCGACGCCGCGCGCGAGGCCUGCCGCAUCGACUUUACCGCCACGUCCAGCACGAGCCUCAACGUUUUCGAAACCACCAUCCGCUUUCUCGGGGGUUUGCUGUCCGCCUACGACCUGAGCGGAGAAAAGGCGCUUUUGCUCAAGGCCCGCGAACUAGGCGAUCUGCUGUACGCGGCCUUUGACACGCCCAACCGCAUCCCGCCCUUCUGGCUCGACUUCGCCGACGCGCGCAGCGGGAACCAGUGGGCGGGCGUCGGCACGCCGAGCGCGUCGCCGGGGUCGCUGAGCCUCGAGUUCACGCGGCUGGCGCAGCUCACGGGCGACCACAAGUACUACGACGCCGUCGACACGGUGUCGCGGUACCUGGAGCGCACGCAGAACAGGACGCGGCUGCCGGGCCUGUGGCCCACCAUCAUGAACUUCCGCCCGGACUCGGACGACGCCGACGCCGUGGCGGAGCAGCACUACAGCGACUUCACGCUCGGCGCCCUGGCCGACUCGCUGUUCGAGUACCUGCCCAAGAUGCACGCGCUGCUCGCCGGCGCCGACCCAAAGUACGAGGCCAUGUACCGCACCGCCAUGGCCGUGGUCGAGAAGCACCUCCUGUUCCGGCCCAUGGUGCCCCCGACCGCCGGCGGCGGCGGGGCGGGCGCGCCCGAGGUGCCCGACAUAUUGUUUUCGGGCUCGGCGGCCGUGGGGCGCGACGACGCGCCGCCCCAGACGAAGCACGAGAGCCAGCACCUGGCCUGCUUCGCGGGCGGCAUGUUCGCGCUGGGCGGGCGCCUCGUCGACGACGCGCGCCACGUCGCCGUCGGCGAGCGGCUGGCGCGCGGCUGCGCCUGGGGCUACCGGAGCUUCCCGACCGGCCUGCUGCCCGAGAUAUUCGGCCUGGCCGCCUGCCCCGGAGGAGACGAAGCAGCAGCGGGGGCGUCGGCGCCGCCGUGCGCGUGGGACGAGGAGGCGUGGAAGAGCCAGGUCCAGCCGUGGGGCGGCAGCUCCGGGCGCGAGGUGGCCGAGGGCAAGGCCAAGCGCGCCAUGCCCAAGGGGUUCACGCACGCGCGCGACGCGCGCUACAUACUGCGGCCCGAGGCCGUCGAGAGCCUGUUUGUGCUGUACCGCGUCACGGGCAAGGAGGAGCUGCGCGACAUGGCGUGGCAGAUGUUUCUGGACAUUCAGGUCGCCACGUCGACGCACCUGGCCAACGCGGCCGUCGAGGACGUCACGGUCACGGGCCAGACGGUCAAGGUGGACUCGAUGGAGAGCUUUUGGCUCGGCGAGACGCUCAAAUACUUCUAUCUUAUUUUCUCCAAGCCCAACGUCAUCAGCCUGGACGAGUGGGUGCUCAACACAGAGGCGCACCCGCUGCGGAGACCAAAGGUGGCGUCCAAGGCGUAGCUGGUGGGGUAGGAGAUGGCAUUAUGCAUAAAAUGCGUCGUUUUGUUCAGGCUCAGGUCCUGUUUUUGAUAUAGAUAUUUGUAGAAGUGCUAGAGGCGUACGUCAUACUCGAUGAUAUAGUUUCAAAAGAUGCCAAUUGUGAACGCGUGUAGGAGCGCGAUCCGUUAAACUAUCCCUUUGUUCCAGCA